AUGAAAGGGAUUACAAAAUUUUUCGACCACCUGUACCAGUACCCACGAGUGGACCAGCUCCAUGCGUACCCUGAAGAUUGGGGUGACAAGUCGCAAGAGGAUAAAGCACAAUUUAUGGAACAGUUUCUGGAGCAUUGGGGCUACACGAUCUACAGAACAUAUUAUGGCCCUGGAUCUGAUGAGCAGUGGACAAAGCUGCUCAAAGAUAUCACCGACGGUGUAGGAAAAGGUCUCGCCGAACUAGAGGAGGCGGACAAGAAGCCUGACGCUGUCAAGAAAGCAAGGGAUUGGUUUCGACUCGAUGCUCGUUCCCUUCCCACCACCUUGAACGGAUUGACACUGGAAGACCUCCGGCAAGUGUAUCGGGAAGGAAGUGGGGGCCAGCCGAUGAGGGGGUCACAGCGCAUGAACUUCGGCACCGCUAUAUUCAUGGUGGCGGAUGCUCAAGUGCUACAAGAUCCUGACCUCAAUCUGCUGAAAGUUGCGGACGCGAAGUAUGACCCUGUUGCUGCUGUGCCAAAGAAUUCCCGGGUUGGUCCGCAGCGAUACUUUGGAUGGUUCACUAUCCCACCGACAGAGGUUUUGGACUUUUACAAUGAGAUGGAUAUAUUCACAUUUGAGCAAAUCUCCAACCAGGCAUUGCCAGGAACACACUGGGAUGUGGGAUGCACAUGA